GGAGUUGCUUCUCAAAACCAAGAGAGUUAUUUAACAAAAUGUUGACCCGUUGCGCUGCAAACUUUCUGCACGGCCUGUGUCCGUGUCGAUGGCUGGCGGCAAGCGAGAGCAGCCGAGCACUCUCGUCGAGAGCAAAGCACACGCUGGACUACUCUAGGGUGCCCAAAGUGAACGAAGAAGACUUGGAGGAGAAAUUUGUGAGGGGCAGUGGCCCAGGAGGUCAGGCUGUCAAUAAGACCAACAACUGCGUGGUCUUGAUGCAUAAGCCCUCAGGAGUUGUGGUCAAGUGCCACCAGUCUCGCUGCCAGGACGAGAAUCGCCGGCUGGCCCACGAUCUCCUGGUGGCGAGGCUGGACCGGCUGCAGAACGGAGAUCUCAGCGUCGAGGGCCAGCUCCGCGCCGCGGAGCUCCGGAAGGCCAGCGAGCAAGCGCGCAGGCAGCGCAGACUGAGGGAGAUGAAGGCCAAGUGGAGAGAGAGGGAGGGACUCGGGUCGCCCGACCGUGACCGAACGCCGUGAACGACUCGCGCAGUCUGGGUGCAGACGUUUCGAGAGCAGCGCAGGGAUGAGUUGGGGUAGAAAAUAGUUUCAUUCAAAAACAACUACAGUAACAACUCUUUGAUUCAGCACCACGUCCGUGCCGGAUUAUCAUUCGACUCCCGAUUAUCCGAGCUGAAAUUAUCCAUGACACAUAUCACUUCCAUAAACACAAAAAUAAUUUUUGACUGUUUACCUAUUUUCUUUUUUGUGAUCUAUUGAUGUGUUUAUUAUGCUGUGAUUCAAGAUGAAAAAUGCUGCCAAACAUAUUCAUACAUAGUUGGUUAUGUGUUAGUGAUGCAUCAUGAACUUCGAAACUGCUAGAGCAAAUUAAAACACACCCCUGUGAGCUACCUGCGCCUGUGUUCCACGUGCUCUUGUGAGCAGCGGUCAGGUUGGCGCUGACACGACGCAGUUGUUCCGUGACUCGUGCGAGCGAUAACUGGCCCGUGUAGUUUCAAGGCAGCAGUCACAUCGCAGUAGUAUUUAUUUUCUGUUGUAAUCUUCAGAUAGUAAUUUCCAAUAAUAAACACAAACGAGUGGUACUUGUCAUUCAAAAAAAAAAUAUUGACCAGCUGGACGUAAAAUACAGCUAUGUUUUAGUGAUAUAUACUGCAUUUUUUUUCUUAACACCUAUUAUGGACAACCUUAUGCAGUAUUUGUUUAGAUAGUCUGGACAAAAAAAAUUUUUAGUCAAUAGUUUUUUUUGACAUAGCUUUCAGUGUUUUUUAAUUAUUCGUGGACCCCUUCAGUUAUUACACCGGAUGAUUGGGAGUCUUCUGUAUAUUUAACAGGAAUAACAAAGGAAAAAAUCAAUACACAGUACAUUAAUGUUAAAAACCAAGUUGUAAUAAGCUUCUCUAUGGCAAGAAAUGUUACACAAGUGUUUUGUUUAAAAUAUACUGUUUGAAUAUAAAUAAAUAAAUUCUUUUCUGAUAUCUUGCCCCAUUCCACCAAGAGAAGAAAAAAAAUGCAAGUGGCUCAAUCUGUGCCAGAUUACAGAAUAUGUAGAUCAGAAGAAUGCCCAUAUUGAAGAGCACCGACCAACAGGAAUUCAGAGCUUAGAUAGUAUUGCGAGUUGAUUAAAUCAGAUGUUAGACUCUGAAGAAAGCACUCUUACUAUAAUUAUGAAGUCUGUUGAGCCACUGGCCAAAGGCAUUAUCUUUACAAUAGUGAAUGACCAAAGUUUGUUCUUAUUGAUCACCUACCUACCAAAACAAAGUGUGCAAGGAUGACAGCUAAGUAUUUCGGAACUUUCAGAUUUGUGAAAAUGCGAUGUUUCAAAUACAUCUAUAGAAUAUAAUAUAACUUUUCGCACAAACAUGCUAUUGAUAAAUAAAAAAAACUACACGUGAAUUCUCUUUGAUUUUGUUUUACGUAAAUUUACUAACCCAUAUUUUUCUUGGCCUUGAUCAUCGGGGAAUUUUGCAGAUUUAUUUGGAGCGAGACUAACAUUCAAAUGCUUAAGUGUUAUCACCAAAACAAACAAUGAGAAGCUGGAAAUAGUAUUGACAGUUCAUCUGUAGCUCAGCUUGAAAGAAAAUUAAACUUCUCAGUGCAUCAGUAACCUGUUGUGUUUACCCUUCUGAUGCGCACCGGAAUAUUUUAAACGUGGAAAAUUAAAUCUAUUUAGUUUUAUGUAUAUGUAUAACAAACCAGAAUGGAGAAUGCCACAAUGGUUAUUUGCUUUGGCAAGUAUUCUCAGUUUAAUGAGUUCCAGGUCAAAAAUACAUAUCACAUACGUUGUGGACUUUUAAGCGCUAGGCUUCUCAAUUAACAAUUGUUUGGUUAACAGUUGUUCACAAGCUUUUAUGGCCAUUGUCUGGUAAACUGUAUUGGCUCUCAAGAUUGAGAUUCAAUGUAAGAGCUGAUAGGUGGUAGGGUUUUAAGUCUCUCCCUAUUGGCUCUAGUACUACCCAAAUGCCACUGGCUUCUGUAUCUGCCAAUCAUGGUUGACCAUGUCUCAUUGGCUAUUGUUACACAAUCAAAGGUAGACUUUGCAUGGCUUUUCUUGUCUUGCUUUCUGCUGGUGUUCGUAUUUUGAUUAUUCAUAACUGGUUCCCAUGUUUUACUCAGCUUAGAGACAUUUCCCCUAUAGAUAAUAGGGUGUUUAGAAAUAGUUAGUUAGUGUUGUUAUUAUCUUUAUCAAGACCACUCUGUGAACUGGUACACUACAAGAUUGUAAUCUGGUGUGUUCAGGGCCAAGGCUAUCCUGAAUAAGCAAUUUUGCCAGAUUAUUAUGCAUUGAUUUAAAUUUACAGGAAUACCAAAGAUAAAUUGAUAUUCAGUACAAUGGUAUUUAAUACAUGUUAUGAUAAGCUGCUUUAAUGGGGGGAGGGGGGGGGAAGAUGUGUCAAACCAUAGAAUGCAAGAUUAAAGUCAUUUUGCUAUAUUAUCGCCAGUCACAUAUGUAGAUUUUUACCUACUUUUUAUUGUUUCUUAGUUCUGCUGCAACAUGUUCCCAAUAUAAGUAAUUGCAGUGUAACCGCAAAGUGAAAGAGAAAAAUAAAUUUUAAAUAUUUAAAGGACCAUACAGUUAAAAAUUUACAAUAAAAACUAUCUGAUAUUUCAGUAAAAAAAUUCACUUUUUUUUUUACAAAAUUGUAACAGGAUAUCUACUAACAUUGAUAAAAUACAAUAAAUUACUAUUGCAUGACUUAGUUGACUUUUUUUUUCUUUCUAUUUUGCAAUAGUACAGUAGUGUCUCGUUUAUCAGACAUCCUGCAUUAUCCAACAUCUCAGUGGAAAAAAAAAAAAAAAAAAAA